AUGGUGAUUCCAGACCAGGCGCGACCACCUCCAGGAAACUCGUCGGCUUCCAAAACCCUCCUGACCACCAUGCCUGCCCUCUCCGGUUUCCCCGAACCUGGCCAUCGGGCGCGCGAGCCAAGCGCAGCACCAAAUCGCCUCGACCCGCGCCAGUUCGUUCAAGACUUCCGAACUAUCCUCGACCAAAUCCGCCAAUCGAAAAAGGCAAGACUUGAUAAGAUGUCAACUGAUCUUAAUGUGGUGUUCGAUCAAGGGGGAGUCGCAACCGACCAGGAGAUCGUACUGAUGGAAACCUUGGAGGACGACAUCGAGCUCAUCGAGGAGCGCUACAGAAAGUUGGGCAAGGUCGUUGCUGGCGUGCAUCCAAAGACUGGCCGACCGACACUGGAGAAGAUUUUGGACGGCGAGACUCGUAGCUGGACCAAUGAUGAUCUGAAAGUGUUGGUUGAUGACCUGCAAGUCUCUGAUGGAACCAUUAGUGGCAAGAAGGCGCGGUCAAGCAAUGGCAGGCAAGACAAGACGAUGCAGGCUUCAGCAAAGGAAAAUGCGGAGAGGAGGGUCGAAGUCAAGAAAAUGACUGAAGCCGGACCCACCAAGUCCCAACGGCGCAUGGAAAAGGGACCAAUGUUCGAUGUCGAUAAGGUUCGAGUCUCUGAGGCCACAAAGCAGAAGGUGUUGGAGGAACACGACGAUGAAGCAGAUGAGCAGGGCGAAGACAGUGACGAGAGCUCUGGCAAGGCGCCGAGCAAUGCAAGCUCGUACGCAGCCAGAUUGGCCAAGAAGACCAAAGAUGAGAUGAAGAAGCGCAACAACUCGCCCGAAGAGAUCAUCGAGGUUCAUCAGACUGAGAAAGUAGCAGCGUCAACAAAGGCUGAUCAGAAUGAGAAUUCAAAGGUCGACGGCAAAGGCGCUUUACAACCAGUGCAGGAGAAGGCGGGCAAGGCGAAGCGCAAAUCCGAGCAGACGAAGUCGAAGCGCCUCUUAUCCCAGUCCGAGUCUGCAGGCUUACUUCGCGGAGCGCUCUUGCCAGACCCUCGAAAGAAGCAGUUUGCUCCACAGCAAGUCGAUGCAAGUCGGACUGCGACUGCUGCCAUCUCGAGGCAGUCUUCAAGCGAUGAUGGCAAAUCAUCACUCCACAGUCUCUUCUCAGCAUCCGAAGACGAAGGCGCUGGUAUACCAUCCGAGUGGUUGAAGCCUGGUGCCUGGCCAAAGGAGACAGGCGACGAUGUUGACAUGCAAGACGUUGGAGAUGUUGAGGCAGGCGAGCCUCUCCAUGACGCCGAGCAGCAUCCAAGCCACCCGGGCUCCCCUCGCCGUCGCGCUUCCAAUGCCACGUCUCAAGAGAGUGGCAGCUCAUCAUCCUCUGGCCUCUUCGUCACCUCACACAAGAAGAGAAAAUCCCUCACGACGAAGCCGAGCCAGAAGAUGGCCAAGGAGUCUUCACCUGCUGCCUCUGGUGUCGCUCCACCUCCACGCCGACCUUCAAGGACCCCGGGAACCAGAGGCAAGAGUGAGUUCAUGCGCUCUCUCUUAGAGCGUAAUGAAGACUCUUACGCUCUCCCAGACUCCCCGCCACGUGAUCGUAGCCCAGCCCCAACUGGUGAGGAAGCGGCUCGUCGGGCUGCCGCUUUCUACACUGCGGAGCCCAAGACGAAGGAGAUCAUGCUGCUCGCGGCUGACAAACUCUCGGAGCAGAAGCAGAAGAAGCGACCAGCAGAUGAGGCGAUUGACGGAGCGCUGGGUGCGUUUGGUAGAGGCGAGCAGGGGAAGGCGAAGGUGAGGAAGGGUGGCGAGGAGGUUGGCCGGCCGGGCAGUCGUGGGCCUAGCGAGACGAGGAAGACUCCGGUGGAGAUGGGGCCAAUGAAGUGGCCGGGACAGGAGGUGAAGAAGGCGAAGGGAAAGGGCAAGGGGCGGAAGCAGUAG